CAAGGAUCCUGUUGACAAUGCAGCAAACAAGGGGGUACCGUAGUAGAGGCGAGCUGAGCUAGAAUGGUAGACAAGAAUGGUGAUGAGCAUGGAGGAAAUGAGCAAGGAGUUGUGAAGCAUUGCAAGGCAAGAGAUGAGGGCCAAUAAAAAAUUCGAGCUCCAAUAAGGUCUGACGCAUUGGGCACUGAGCACGAAGGUGUCCCCCUGCUGACCUCCGCUCCGCACAGCCUGCACAUCAUUUCGGAGCAAUGGCACUCUCGUCGGUCUCUCUUUCGCAAUCCGCCAGUGCGGCGUGCUUUGCGUCACAUUCUGCCUGUCGGAUGGCACCACAUUCAUCCCUGCUUGCUGGGAGCUCGCAAUUUGUAGCUCUCUCUUGCUUUCUCCUAAGAGAGGGCUCUGUUAGGAGGAAGCUGGAAAGCAGACGUGUUGGAUGCACUGGCUCAAGGGCACAACUUGGUGCUGACGUGAGCACACCCACAAGUGUUAGGAGGGACACGACGCCAGCAAUUGGGCCAGGCAAAAGCGAGAGAGAAGAAGACCGGAACAGCCAGCCGGCGGAAGAGCAAAGAUUGGUCCCUGCUGGCGACGGAGAUGAUCCAGAGGCUGUUGGAGCAAUCAGCCUGUGCUUGGACGCCAUUGGAACAAUGGACAUAGACGAGAUGGAAGAGUGUCUAGCAAUGGCAGACAGCUUGAGCGAGAGAAAGAGCAAGGCGUCAUCUUGAACGGGUGAGAGCCCUUAAUGCAUAAUGUAUAUUGUAAGAACAAGACAUUUGAGUUGAGCAGUAGCUGUACAUCAUGGGGGGUAGUCUAGAAGUAGAUUUAGAUUGUAAAAUGUGUUGCUAGAACGAGUUGCGUUGGCAGAUUUGUUCUGUAAUCCGAGUUGACUUUGGGUGAUGAAGGCAAUGUGUAUGCCACUCUUCGAGCAAUAUUUGCUGAAGCUCACAUGCUCUCACAUGCAAGUGCGAAG